CAAAACCGACAAAGUCCGCAUCUACCCUCUUCGCCGCACUUUCUGUCUCACAUACUCACGCACGGUAACGAGUACUAUGUUCUACGCCCAAUGCCUACAAAUCCGACCCGAAUCUCUACCAAUUCUCCAUCAUGAUCUCGUCAUCGCCAUCAUCUUCGCCACUCUCCUCCGCCUAUAUAUUUCCUCGCCGUCGAUUGUCUUCUCCCUCUUUUCUUCCUCUCUCGUCUCCGCCGCCAAAACCGCCGCUGCCCUCAAAUUCCGGCGAGAUGAAGCCGGAUGUUGCAUCUAAUUCCGCCGUGUAUCUCCGGCGAGUAUUUACUGCGAUUGUUUUCCUAAGCGCUGUGGUUUUGUCCUGCUUUGUUCUCUAUAGAGCUACUGAUUCUGUUGGGUUGAAAAUGCCGAUGGUUUAUUACUACUACUAUGCCUCCGGGAACCCUGACUUACUCUCUGACGAUGUUUCCUCUGAUAAUUCUCGUCUGCCGGACAGCAAGGAGUUUAGGCUUGAAAAAGUGUUGAAUGAUGCUGCAAUGGAAGAUAAAACAGUAAUUCUAACUACUUUGAAUGAAGCGUGGGCUUCACCAAAUUCAAUUAUUGAUCUCUUUCUUGAGAGCUUCAGAUUUGGAGAACACACUCGGAAACUUCUUAAUCAUUUGGUGAUUAUUGCGUUGGAUAUGAAAGCAUUUUCUCGAUGUUUGGAUAUACAUACACAUUGCUUUGCCCUAGUUACUGAAGGAGUCAAUUUUUCAAGUGAGGCCUAUUUCAUGACUCCAGCGUACUUAAAGAUGAUGUGGAGUAGGAUUUUUUUCCUACAAUCUGUUCUGGAGUUGGGAUUUAACUUUGUUUUCACGGAUGCUGAUGUAAUGUGGUUUAGGGAUCCAUUUCCCCAUUUCUACUUCGAUGCAGAUUUUCAGAUUGCUUGUGAUCAUUUUUCAGGGAUAUCUGAUGGUGUUGAAAACAAACCUAAUGGUGGUUUCAAGUUUGUAAGGUCAAAUAAUCGAUCCAUAGAGUUCUACAAGUAUUGGUACUCAUCAAGAGAGAAAUUUCCUGGUUUACAUGAUCAGGAUGUACUUAACAUAAUAAAAAAUGGUACUUUUAUCCAAGAUAUUGGACUAAAAAUGAGAUUUUUGAGUACUGCAUACUUUGGUGGGUUUUGCGAACCUAGCCGAGAUUUAAAUGAAGUCUGUACCAUGCAUGCAAAUUGUUGCUUUGGGCUGGAUAGUAAACUUCACGAUCUCAGGAUAUUGCUUCAAGAUUGGAAAAGCUAUAUGUCUCUGCCACCUAGAUUUAAGGGAUCGCCUUUAGUAUCAUGGAGGGUUCCUCAGAAUUGCAGUCUGGAUGCACUCCUACACUUUGAUUUGCAAAGCGAGGAUGAGAAGCAGGAAAUGGACAAUAAUGGGAAGACUGACAAAAGAUUAUAAUAGAUAAUGUUUCACUAGCUUGGAUAUUUUAUGCAGCUUGAACUGAUUACCGAAAUUCAGAAAAAGUACAGCUCCAGUGCUUUCCAAUGCUGCCUUCUUGAAGCUAGGCUGUGAGGAGCCUCUGGCACAAGUUAGGCCCUGGAAUAAUCCUGAAGUUCCUCACCAGAAAUUCAUUUCUGUGCCUACAAACCUCGUCUUAAGCUGAUUCCUUUGCACGGAGAAAUUAGGCUGAGCAGUCUGUGGUGUCAGUUCGCUGCAUAGAGUAACUGUUCACCAACAAUAGUUUUUGUUGUAAAAAUGCAAUGAUUAGUUGUAUAUUUGGAUAGAUAUUACUGACCUUUGUAGUACACUUAGAACUAGUGGUAGAUCUUUCUGGAAGUAA